AUGGCUGAGACGACCCCCACCACGGUGCCUAGCGAGGAGACAACGCAAGCACAAGAAAUUCUUCACCUACAAUGUCGCUUUUAUGAGCAAAAGUUUCCAGAAAUUGACGAGCUUGUUAUGGUAAAUGUGCGUUCUAUCGCUGAGAUGGGGGCUUAUGUAUCGCUGCUGGAGUACAACAAUAUUGAGGGCAUGAUUCUGCUGUCGGAGCUGUCUCGACGCCGUAUUCGAUCCAUUAACAAACUCAUUCGCGUGGGUAAAAAUGAAGUUGUCAUGGUUUUGCGUGUGGACAAAGAGAAGGGCUACAUCGAUUUGUCAAAACGUCGGGUGUCGCCUGAGGAUAUUGUCAAGUGCGAAGAGCGGUACAACAAGGCCAAGACCGUGCACGGUGUAUUGCGUCAAGUGGCUCAGGAGAAUAAUCUGGAAAUUGAGGAUUUAUAUUCAAAAGUGGCGUGGCCGUUGUACAAGAAGUUUAAAAUCGAAACUACUAGCGAAGACGAAAAGAAGGUCGAGUACGUCCACUGUUACGAUGUUUUCAAGAUGGGUAUUACGGACGAUACAGUAUUUGAGGGGCUAGAAAUUACACCUGAGAUUCUAACGGCUUUGAAGGCCCAAAUUCGCCGUCGACUUACACCGCAGCCCAUUAAGAUUCGUGCGGACAUUGAGGUCACGUGUUUUACCUACGAAGGCAUUGAAGCCAUCCGCUCAGCCUUGCAGGCUGCUCAGAACGUUAGCACAGAAGACGUUCCCGUCAAGGUGAAGUUAAUUGCUCCGCCCAUGUAUGUCAUGACCACUAGUACACUGGAUAAACAGAAGGGUAUCCAGAAAUUGCAGGAGGCUAUUGAAGCCGUACGGGAGAAUAUAACCGCAAAGAAAGGCACCAUGUCUGUCAAAAUGGAGCCGAAGGUGGUGAGUGUAAACGAGGAGAGAGAGUUCUUGCAAAUGAUUGAAAAGCUCGAAAACGAAAGCCGCAUGGUAGAUGGUGACGCUCCGGAAGAUUAG